UAUCCUGGCAAACAGCAGGCACUCAGUAUUUGCUUAGGAAAAUCCAUCAGUUUGGGUAGCAAAGAGAAGAGAGCGAGAAAGACGUGAGCACACUAGACUCAGUCUUUACAGAAGGCCGUCAGCUGCAGGAGAUUUGUCCGGCCACCAUCAUGCUGCCUGCAUGGCUGUCGCUCUCCUGCAUGACAGGAAUUCUCCAGAUGUUCUUUGCGACAGGCAGCUUCAUCAACUCUGCCCUCCAGCUGGUGAGCAACAGCAAGACCUUCUAUCGGGUGGAGGAGCCACGGACCUGGAAAGAGGCCAUGCGCUACUGCCAGGAGCGUUACACAGACCUCGCCGACCUGCAGAGCGUCAACAGUCCAGUGAGCAUCAUGGUGGUCUACUCCUACCUCAGCAGUACCCAGGCAUGGAUCGGCCUCUUCUAUGAUGUGCGCAUCUCUGGCCUGAGCUGGUCUAGUGGUUCCAUCUUUACCACCCCGACAUGGAGUACGCUGCCUGUCUUCCAAGAUGGCAUCUGUGCUACUGUGUAUUCAUGGACCUCGGUCCCUGCCCUAGGGGCCGCCUCCUGCACAGCUCAGAAGCCCUUCAUUUGCUAUUAUGACCCUGCUGUAGGACACCGUAGAUCCUUGAGGUCCACUAUUGAUGAAGUGGCCACUCUUCCAGAAGAAGCUGAGGUCAAGAUUGGUGGACAGACCUUCAUUCGGAUUGAGAAAACCAUGUCGUGGUUCUCAGCUCAGACCUACUGUCGCAACCACUACACAGACCUGGCCAAUCUGCAGAAGGUGACUGAUGAGGAGGGCAAAGAAACCCUCCAGUCCAUCACAAAUGAUGUCGAUGCCUGGAUUGGCCUCUACUUCGAUACGGCGAUCAAUAAUCUGACCUGGUCCAGUGGCUUGGGUUUCAGCAUUCCCAAGUGGCUUCAGAAACUACCCAUGUUUGGACAAGGACUGUGUGCAGGACUCCGUGUCUUUUCCAAUGGCCCACCUCAGAUUUAUGCAAUCCUUUGCCAUGAGCUGAAGCCUUUUAUCUGUUUUUAUGACCCCUCGACAAAGAGGCCUCCACUCAUUGACACUUCCUCCCUCAAAGUGACUCACCCCUCCAAAGUUACUGCAAGGACAGCCUCUAGGCCAAACACAGGGACCAGCACUGACCCCACAGAGGCCUCCCAAGCACUGGCUUCAGCAACUUGGAUCUCGCAGCAAGUGAGUCAUGAACCAACUGAGGUCAGCUCUGGCACCUGUGGCUUCAGCACCUGUGAAACCACUUCUGCCUCCACCGCCGUGGGCCUCACAGCUCUCCAAUCUCAAGAGAUGGUUUCAAUAAUCCCUCUAGCAACAUCAGCACCUACAGCAGAGAUGUACAAGCCUUUGGAUGAGGAAGAGUGGGCUGGUGGAGAAGGCUCAACACGAGAGAACAGCCUGGCUGUGACCAGCACAGAGGAUGACACACAUAUAGGAGAUACAGCUACUGCCACCCAGGCCCAACACAUAAGCUCAGCUAAGCACCCAGAGUCUAAAGAGAAACCAGCAGCAGACUUGGAGUACUCCUUUGGAAUCUUGAAAGCAGAUUUUACCAUCUCAUCACUGAGUGAUCCAGAAGAGAUGAAAGACCAACUUUUGAGUGAGAUCCAAGAAGUCUUAAAGCUUAUAUUAGGUCAUGAGGAAUUCACACUGAAAUGGGUCGGCUUCGAAGUGAACAAAAAAUAGCAAACAUCUGCUAAUUUUUACUUUCCUUUUUAAGUAGUCAUUCAGGUUGUCUCUAGUGUUUUUUUUUUUUUUAAAUUCCUUUUAGCACACAAGAUUAGAAAUAACCUGGAGUGUUCCAGGAUGCAUAGUCCUAUAUGUAGCACAAAAGAAAAUGACAUGUGAAACCUGCAUUCUUGGGUUUUAGAGUGAGAUAGAUAAGCUGAAGAUAGCACACCUUGAGAAUGAUAAAUAAGGACAACUCCCUGACCCAAACAAGAAAAAUCCUAAGAACCAACUCUGUGGGGAAUAUGAGAGGACCACAGUGGCUUAGGGCAGCUGAAGGGAGCUUUCUUUCCAAGGGCAUCACCAUAACACAAUUGAUACCAGUGCCAGUUAUCUGUCCUACACAUAAGUAUUUUACCUGUACGUUGUAAAAUUUUAAGGCAAGAUAUUCCUAAUGCUAAAAUGUAUCUUCAGA